UGCACAAAGAGGCGGUCAGCCUGCCCUCACCCGGGCCUGUAAGUUGCAUAGGACAGUGGCCUGGCCCGGGGCCCUUGUGGGGAGGUCGGGAAGUUGAAGAACACGCUGGCCUCCUCCAUCAUGGCGGCCAAGAGGGCAGAAUUGAAGAAAACAAGCCCGAGCAAGAACUACAAGGCAGUUUGCCUAGAAUUGAAACCAGAGCCGACCAAAAUAAGAAGCUUUUCUGAGGCCAUGCCAGCAGCCAGGCCUGAGAUCCGUGGGGAGGUGACUUGGAGUCAGGGGUCAUUCGCUGUUCCUGGUGGCCAAGACCUGUCCCAGAGGUACGAUUACAAAGGAGUGAAGCAGGAGGGGCCGUUUGCCAAGACAGGCGUGACGCGGGAGCUGAAGAAUGAACUCAGGGAGGUGAGGGAAGAACUCAAGGAGAAAAUGGAGGAGAUAAAACAGAUAAAGGACAUAAUGGACAAGGACUUUGAUAAACUUCAUGAAUUCGUGGAAAUUAUGAAGGAGAUGCAGAAAGAUAUGGAUGAGAAGAUGGACAUUUUGAUAAACAUCCAGAAGAGCAACAAGCUUCCCCUUCGACGAGGACUCAAGGAGCAGCAAGACCCCGGGCUGGUGGGAAAGAGUGACGCAGACCCCCAGCUCCGGCUCAAGAAACCCGAAGGAGCCGAUGGAACAUCGCUGGCUCUCCACAAGACCACAGCACCCCAGAAACCAAAGAAGGACCUGCUGACUUCCCUCCACCAGUGUAGGAGCUGCUGUGAGGGAUGUCUGUUGUGUGCCCUAAAGACCAACCACAAUCAGGGAAAACAUCCACGCCAGGCCUGGGCACCUUUUUCACCCUUGGCAUCUGGAGCUGCCUUCUGAUUUACCUGUACCUCAGCCUCAGCGAGACGGAGCAGGUGCUUCCGACCUAGUGCAGCCGCAGGACCUCCCAGCAGCUCCGUCCAUCCUCCCCGCUCCUUGAGCUGCACAGAGAGAGGGUUUGCUGCCCUCUCCAGUUCCAGCCCCGCCCAGGCCUCCACCCCAGAUUAAAGGUCUUCACAGAAA